UUUCGGUAAGAGGAAAAAAAAUACUAAAAAAAAAAUAAGCUUCUGAAAGACAGCUAGACAACCCUCCCCAUAAAGCUUUCGAUACCGGGAGCGCCCCCGCGAGUACCUAUUCUUUCCGAAUCCCUCGCCACGAAGCUGUUACGUUGCUGAACGAAAUCUCGUUUUCAAGAGCCACAGGAAUCAGCGAAAAACAAGUGCAAGAUGUUCUCGAGCUUCUUUGAAACUGCCAGGAACUCACCAUUCCGCACCCCGUUCGGCCGAGUGCAAUGCGACGCCGCCAACAGCAACGCCGUUGAUCCCCAGCCCGUGGAGGGGCGCCAGAUCGCUGCUGCCGCCGCCGCCGUUCCCGUUGCCGCUGAUCACAGCACCUCCUGCGAGUUCGGUAGCACCAAAUACUUCGCGCUCUGCGGUAUUGGUGGCAUCCUGAGCUGCGGCACCACUCACACCUUCGUCGUGCCCCUGGAUCUGGUAAAGUGCCGUCUGCAGGUGGACCCCGCCAAGUACAAGAAUCUGGUACAUGGCUUCAAGGUUACCGUCGCGGAGGAGGGUGCCCGUGGUCUGGCCAAGGGCUGGUUCCCAACCCUGUUGGGCUACUCGGCGCAGGGACUCUGCAAGUUCGGCUUGUAUGAGGUGUUCAAAGUAAAGUACGCCGACAUCAUUGGCGAGGAGAACGCCUACUUGUACCGCACCUCGUUGUACCUGGCCGCUUCCGCCUCGGCUGAGUUCUUCGCCGACAUUGCUCUGUCGCCGUUCGAGGCCGCCAAGGUCAAGAUCCAGACCGUGCCCGGAUUUGCCAACAACUUCCGCGAGGCGGUGCCCAAGAUGCUGAAGGAGGAGGGCGUCAACGCCUUCUACAAGGGUCUGGUGCCCCUGUGGAUGCGACAGAUCCCCUACACCAUGAUGAAGUUCGCUUGCUUCGAGCGCACCGUGGAGCUGUUGUACAAGUAUGUUGUGCCCAAGCCACGUGCCGACUGCUCAAAGGGCGAGCAACUGGUCGUGACCUUCGCCGCUGGUUACAUCGCCGGUGUGUUCUGCGCCGUGGUGUCUCAUCCCGCUGACGUGGUUGUGUCCAAGCUGAACCAGACCAAGGGAGCCAGCGCCGCCAGCAUAGCCAAGUCUCUUGGAUUCAUGGGAAUGUGGAACGGUCUGACCCCGCGUAUUAUCAUGAUCGGUACCUUGACUGCUCUGCAGUGGUUCAUCUAUGACGGUGUCAAGGUGGCUCUGGGCAUCCCCCGCCCGCCGCCACCAGAGAUGCCCGCCAGCCUGAAGGCCAAACAGAAGGGCAACUAAAAUGGGUCACUAUAGUUGAGUAGUCUAAGGCCAGAGUUGAUCAGUUGACGCAAUCGUGGGCAGGCCCGGAGCACAUACUUUUACUUUUCCGUAUGAAUCUAUACAAUGUUUUUCUUUUUUAUUAAUUUCGAAGAAAAUGGCUAUCCAUAGCAGGGCCCAAAAUUGUUUAAAUGUUGCGUGUGUGCCGCAGACACAUGUACAUUCCAGAUUCACAACUGUACGCAUUUCUAUAUCACUGCAACUAGUCCACUUCGAUCUUUUCUAUAAAGAUGCUUUUUUAAAAACUUUAAUCGCUGAACAUUCUUAUAUCUUUAAGCUACACUCAAGUUCAAAGUAAACUAUUCCAUCUACAAUCUAUAUCUGUAUACUUAAUCCUCUGUAUGUCUAGUUUUGCGCUGGAAAGUAUGUCCCCGUGUGUACUCCCCCCGUGGCGAGCCCCAUGUUAUCCCCUCCUCACCGCUGCCCCGCAGGGCCACACAAGCGAAUAUGAUAUUAUGCUGUUUCAAUUGUAUGACCCGCUCCUAAAUGAAAGCACUCUGAAUAAAUUAAAUUAUAAAAUAUAUAAAAACUA